GAAUUUCUUCAAUUGACUUUUAUUAUAAAGUAUGGCCAUAUAAAGCCAUUUUACCUGAAAACAUAGCGGAAGAAAUGGUACGAUAUUACAUGGUGCCUGGAGCUCAAGUAACAUCUGCCAUUUCUCCAAUUCGUUUUCCUGCUAUAAAAUUGGAUCAAAAUACUAUUAUUAAUUCAAAACAU